GCGAGUUAAAAUACCUGAGUGCAGUUGCUUUUUACCUCUGUGGUUGCAGCUGCAGUCCAGAUAGUGGUUGACUAUAUCCUGGAGGAGGGCACUGGCUGUUUUUUAAUUAGUAGUGACGUCUGGGUAUACUACCCCUGGUUGAAAACCCAAUGUGGCUUUACACGAAGGAUAUCUCAACAGCACUAUCCACACAAGUGCAGCGGCUGCUUUCACUCCUCUGGUGCCUACUGUACAUACUGGAUUCAGACACCUGCCUGCCUGGCAUGUUAAGUGUGUGGCCAGUGCAAAGUUCCAGUUUAAGAAGAAACCUGCUUUGAACUGGUGUUGAUUUUGAUCCCGUCUUCAUUCACAAUGGCAGAAAUCCCUGGAUCCAUCGCGCCCGGUUAUCUUGGCCCCCAGAAUCUUAUGGCAAAGGCUCUCUAUGACAACAAGGCAGAGACAUCCGACGAGCUUGCGUUCCGUAAAGGAGACAUACUGACUGUGAUAGAACGGAAUAUCAAGGGGGAUGAAGGUUGGUGGCGCUGCUCUCUGCACGGACGGCAAGGCAUUGUACCCGGAAACCGCCUACAGCUCAUCAGUGGAUCGCAAUAUGACAUGCCAUCCCUGUACCUCUCCCCAUGCCCAACCCUCCGCAGGCCGUCACAGCUCGAUAUUUACCAGAUGCCAACCAACCAAUAUCCAAGCUCACCCUUGUCUUCCAGUUCUCACCUGCAGGACAACAUCUAUCAGGUACCAUCAAGGCCUCAGUCCUAUGGCCAGCAUUACCAAGCGCCAGGACCAUCUGCUGAAUACUGUUGGGACAGAGGACAGGCACCAACACGCCAGGUGUUUUCGCUUCCCCGAAUGGGACCGGCCUUCAGCCUGAACUCCAUUUCAGGACCUUAUGCUGAUGCUUACGAUAUCCCGCCGUCCCAUAUCUCCAGACUCCAGGACAACCAGAUGCCUAACACUGCUGCAGUAGCAAGGAAAUCUUCCAUGUUUCAUACAGAGGAGGAGAGAAAACUAAUCCAGCAGUUGUAUGACAUUCCACCGAGUUUUGAAAGACAUAGAGCAGUGACUCAGAGUCAGGUGUACGACGUUCCCCCGCGGAUGAGCCUGGACUUGCCGGCCAGCGUCUACGACAGGCCGCCGGCGGCGGGGAGGGAGCUGGCGGCUGUCCGGAGGCCGGCCUGGGAGUGUCCGGAGGAGCGGCGACCAUCCAGCCCGGCCGUGUACGACGUGCCGGUGUCUAGAGAGGAGGUGGCUGCCCGCUACAGCGCGCCGCCGCCACGGCCCGGCUCCGGACAGGCUCUGUACGACGUGCCCGUCCCACAGGGGGCCGGUCUAUACCACACCCCCCUGUCCCGGGCCCGCUCAGCCGAAAUCUACGACGUGCCCGCCAGCUUGCCCAAGCCGCCAGCCGCAGUCGCAGCAGCAGCGACCGCCAUCUACGACCUGCCACGACUCCCGGCCGGUCCCCAGCCGGUGUACGACGUCCCCCCGCUGGUGUCCAGAGAGGCUGCCCAGUGGCCGGAGCGCAGGCAGAGCGCCCCGGACACGUCCCAGCGGCCGGCCUCGUACCCGGCUCAGGCCACGACCCAGCGUCCGGCCACCGACCUCUCUCCGGCCCCUUCCCGCUCUCCGGCCACGGCCCAACGUCCAGCGACUUCUCCCACCGCUCCCCAGAGUCCGGACAUCUCGCCCGCUUCGGCCAUUUCCCAGCGUCUGGCGCCAACUCCGGCCACGCCCCGGCGUCCAGCUCCCUCUCCGGCCUCUCCCCCCGCCGGGCCGGGGCCGGAGGAGAUGAGCCUGGACGCGGCGGCCGCGCUGGACCGGCUCCAGCAACAGGUGUCGGUGUCGGUGGGCAGCAUCAUGGUGUUUGUGAGCAGUCGCUGGCGGCUGCGGGAACAUCUACAGCCCCACCUGGGCGAGGUGAGCUCAGCGGCCGGCACCGUGCUCACCAGCCUGGCCGCCUUCCUGGGGCUGGUGCGUGGGGUGAGGGUGAACGCGGCCCGCCUGACGGACGCCAACCUCCAGAGCCGCCUGUGCAAGCAGCUGGAGGUGGUGGAGGACUCGCAGCAGAUCCUGGUGGAGACGAGCCGGGCGCUGGCCGACUGUGGCUGGGCUCUGGACGCGCUGGUGUUGACCCAGACCCAGACCCAGGCGGCGCCAGACCACCUGGACCGCUUCAUCAUGGUCACCCGCACCGUGCCCGACGAUGUCAAGCGCCUGGUCUCCAUCAUCAUAGCCAACGCCAAGCUCCUCUUCGCCCAGAAGCAGCCCCCGCAGGCGAGCCCCCCUACCCCGGGUGCGGCCGAGAUCAGGGCCCGUCUACAGAGGAAGACCACCAAGCACAAGGCGCCGGUCCCCACCCCGCUGCGGAAGGUGCAGAGCGUCAAAGCAAGCCCACACAACCGGGCAGAAGACUGCGAAUAUGUCCAGUUACAGAGGAAGGAAGAAUUUGAAAACCAGGAGAAGGAAAAAGAAAGCAUCCGGCAGAGAGAGAAGGAGAGCUUCAGGCAGAAAAAACUCUUGCUCGAACGACAGAUGUCGGAAGUGAAGAUCCGAAGGCCAGGCGAUGUCAGUGUCAAAGUGAGUCCGGAGGUGAUCCAGUCUCCGGUUCCCAGCUCUGAGUUAUGCAGGAUGUAUUUCAGUGCCCUGCAGAAGGCCAUCGUGUCCUUCACUGACACCAUCAACGGCAACCAGCCGGCAGAGGUGUUGAUCAAACACAGCAAGGUGGUGAUCAUGAUCGGUCAGAAACUGGUGGACACCCUGUGCCAGGAGACCGGGCACAAGAACGUUCACAAGGAGAUGCUCAGCAAAAGCAACCAGUUUUGUGGCCUCAUGAAGAAGGUGGCUGUGGCAACCAAGAACGCGGUGAUGCAGCCCAGCCCGACGACAGUGCAAGAGAUGAAAGAUCAGCUGGCGGAACUGCGGCAACAAGCUGAGCAGCUCAGGCUCUUCCUGGAAAAGAACACUGGCUCAUAAUGGGGGUGACUGCAAGAAGGGAAGACCUCCCCCAUUGAAAUCAAUUUCAAUACCAUUACCGUGGACAGCAUCUCUUGCCUUUUGGGUCCUCCCAGCUUUAUUUUCCGAUCAGCAAUUGGGGUUAAGAUGACCCCUUUACUUAAUAACUCCGAACUCACAGAAUUAUUAUUCCAGCCAAGUACAGUCUUUUGUGCCACGUUGUGAACAUGAUCCCGACAUUCCGCCGUCGUACAUACCCAACAUUUGUUACAAAGGAGUCGGAGAGAUGUUCCAUGUUGACGCAUCUUCUCCGCACCAUUCUACUUAUCACUAAUGUUGCAUUCAGAUCAUAGAACAGAGGAUACUACAGCACGGGAACAGGCACUUUGGUCCACAAUGUCUCUGCUGAACACGAUCCCAUGAGCAACUCUUAUCUGUCUGCAUAUAAUCCAUAUCCCUUCACUCCCGAAACAACCGUGUGCCUAGCUAAAAGCCUCUUAAAUGCCACUAUCGUAUCUGUCACAACACCAGCCCCUGGGGUGCAUCCCAGGCCCCCAGCACUCUGUAUAACACACUUGCCUUACACAUCUGGACAGGCCCUUGGCCCUUCAUGUUUAUAGAACAGCAAAGCACAAGAACAGGCUCUCCGGCCAGCCAUGUCUAUGUCCAACUUGAUGCCAAGACUAUCAUGUCUACCUGCACAUAACCCAUAUUUUUCCAUACCUAGCAUACCCAAAUCCAUAGCCAAAGAUCUCUAAAUGCCACUAAUGUAUCUGCUUCAACCACCACCCUCAGCAGGGUAUUCCAGGCACUUAUCACCCUCUGUGUAAAAGAAAAACCUGCUCCUCGCAUUUCCUUUCAACUUUGCCCUCUCACCUUAACGUAAGGUCGUUCUGCGCUUUCCACUUUGAUAGCAUGCCUGAGCUUGAACUCUUCCAAUUAUUUAUAACUCAAGGCAGAAACGAAAUAGUCUUACAAAGUUCUAAAAUCUAAUAUGUCAAUCGCUGACCUCAAUAGCUUAGCUCCUGAAUUCUGCCCACAUGAGCAACCUAGUCAAUGCACUAUGUUAAUUACGAAGAAAAUAAUUGCUCAGCCUCAGCUGCAAAUGGUUAAUGUACAACAGCAAGCAUUCGUGACUGUCAGAUUAUGUCUUAGUUCCUCAAAUGGGAACAUUGCAAAUGGAGAAGGAAAUUAUUUGAAUUCGGCUAAUGCCUAUAUUGUUUCCACUUUUAUGCUAGCCCAGUCCGUCUUAUUCAUGGCAUAUUCUCUCCGUUAAAACCAAAGUUUGUUCUUGCUGCUCUGUGCUUGAAAGAUUUAACACGGGGCUGGGUGUAAAUGACAUGAGUUUGCCUUCCCCAGAAGUGUCCAGCUGUAGAAUACAUGUGGUCCCUUGAAUUCUUGGCAAGUGUCAGGUAUUCCUUGCACUGACAGCCCAGGAGCCUGCAGUACCGUUGCAGAGAUGUUCUGCUUUCCCAUACCUUCCACAUGCAUCGCCUCGGUCUGUAGGUGUUCAGUCCGACUCAGUGGGGGUGAAAUUUGAUUAGUUGGCGGGAAGUUGUGAAUCAGACGGGUUGUCAAUUUGUUACUUCUGAGUGAAUCAUCAGCAAGUUUUAAAGUUUGCUACUCAUCGGCCAAACGUCCAGCUCGGUCUGAUUCUGCUAAUAUUAUGUCCAUUGCUGCCUGAAAUGAUCCCUGAGCUCAUUGCUUCUCACACUGCUGCUGAGCUUAGUGGCGUCUUGGUCAAAUCAAAAUUCACCAACCAUUUUGCUCUGGUUUCCCAUGGGUUCUGUUUAAUACCAGAUGUCCGCUGCAUGUUAGAUACAGGGACUGGUUCAGGUUUGGUCAGGAAACGACUGGUGAUGCUUCAUUAGCUCUGAGUGGGAAUGGUUGAGAAUAAAGAGAGGGAAAUGCAAUGUGCCUAACCAUUCCCACGGCACUGCAUAUCAUUGUUAAAUAUCAUGCCAACACCCAAUGUCUAGCUUCAUUUAAAGUCUUAGAAUAAAGGGGAAGCCAUUUAAGACCGAGGUGAAAAAAACGUUUUCACCCAGAGAGUUGUGAAUUUGUGGAAUUCCCUGCCACAGGGCAGCGGAGGCCAAGUCACUGGAUGGAUUUAAGAGAGAGUUAGAUAGAGCUCUAGGUGCUGGUUUAAUCAAGUUAUAUGGGGAGAAGGCAGGCACGGGUUAUUGAUUGGGGACGAUCAGCAUAAUCACAAUGAAUGGCGGUGCUGGCUCGAAGGGCUGAAUGGCCUCCUCCAGUACCUAUUUUCUAUGUUUCUAAUUGAAGUACAAUCUUUAGGAAAGUAGAGGAAGGGUGAGGUGAGGAAGACUAGAGAGAAAAGUGAGUAAGACCACUAACUUGCUUGUAUCCAUUACAUUCACACCCAGAAGGUGAUGGGACAGUGGCUCCCCAAUGCCUGGGUAAGACACAAGCUGAAGUUCACAGAUAGUUUUUUUGUAAACCAGUAUCGGCAGCUCCUUGUGCCUGAAGUUCACAGAUGGUCCGGUCUCUGUUUCCCUUCUCACUGAAAGAUUGCAGAUAAUAUUGAAAGCUCGAUGUAAAGUAUUCAAAUAAAGCACGUUGCAAAGUAUUGUCAGAGGAUUCCUAUAUAAAAUUGCAAGAUUUUAAGAAGAAAUAUGUUCAAUAAAUCCUGCAAAAGUUGCAGAAGAAACCAUGCAGUAUAAAAAUAGUAAUUUAAAAAUGUAUUACUUAAAAAAAUAAUUACAUCCCAUCAAUUAAAUUAUUUUUAAUAAGUUUGGUCAUAUUUCUGAUUUCUAACCAAAAGCAGAGUAGAAAAAGAUGGCAAUGUUGGGGAAUCUUUGUAAACAAGAGUUAUUGUAAGUUUUGCUGAAAAGAAAAAGCAUAUAUAAGGUUUAGGGAAUUGAACCGGAUAGAGACCCCGAUUAAUAUAAGGGAAGCAGGAAAGAAAUUAAACAAGGAAUUAGGAGGGCUGAAAGGGGUCACAAAAUGUCCUUGCUAAGUCGGAGUGAGGAGAAUCACACGGUAUUUUAUAGAGGAGGUAGUUGAGGCAGUUGACAACAAGUAGUUGACAUUUGGACAGGUGCAUGGAUAGGAAAGGUUGAGAUGGAUAUGGGUCAAACACAGGCAGGUGGGAUGUGUAGAUGAGGCAUGUUGAUCAGCUUGGGUUGAAGGACCUGAUUCCAUGCUGUAUGACUAUGACAUACUUUUAGAGGCACGAGGUUAGCUAAGGAAAGCGUAGGUUGACGCAAAGACAAAGGAGGGAAUAUAUGUGUGGAGCCAGAGGAAGUUGGGCGAUGUGCAAAUAAGUACUUCGCAUUGGUAUUUGCUGAGGAGAAGGACAUGGAUGGUGGUGAGAUCAGGGAGGGGUGCGUUCUUAUUCUAAGACAUGUUGAUAUUAAAUAGAAAGAAGGAAUUGGAUGUAUUGAAAAACGUUAAGGUGGAGAAGUCUCCAGGGCCUGGUGGGAUCUAUCCCAAGAUAUCAAAGGAGUAGAUAGCUGGGACUUGCCGAGAUCUUUGUACUGUCUUUAGCUACAAGUGAGGUCCAAGAACUGGAGAAUAGCCAAUGUUGUUACUUUGUUUCUGAAGAGCAACAGGAAUAAUCCAGGAAACUAUAGAGAAGUAAGACUUACAUCAGUCGUUUGGAAAUUAUUGGAGAAGAUACUUGGGAAUAGUCGGUUUAAGGUGAGAGGGAGAAAUAUUAAGGAGACGUGCAAAGUGAGUUUUUUUACACAGAGAGUAGUGUGUACAUGGAACACACAGCCUGGGGAGGUGGUAGAAGCAGACACAAUAAUUAAGAGGCAUUUAGACAGACAUGUGAACAGGCAGGGAACGGAAGGUUAAUGGACCAUGUGCAGAUGACUGGGAUUGUUUUGAAUGGCAUUAUGGUCCAUACAUUCACGGUGGGCUGAAAGGCCUGUACCAUACUGCUUAGACUCUGUUGCUCUAUUCCUAUUGUUAAAAUUCUUAUUGUUUCUACCUCAGAAAUUACUUCAGUGAAUUUAAAAAAAAAAUGGCAAUACAAAGUGUGUACGAAGGAACUGCAGAUGCUGGUUUAAACCGAAGAUAGACACAAAAAGCUGGAGUAACUCAGCGGAACAGGCAGCAUCUCCACGGAGUCCCGCUGAGUUAUUUUCAAUUUUUCACUGAAGUCGUUUCUCAGGAAGAAACAAUGGGGAUUUUAAGACACAAAAAGUUGGAGUAACUCAGCGGGUCUCUCUGGAGAUGCUGUCUCUCUGGAGAAGCGGGUUGUCUGUAGACGCUGAGUUACUCCAGCGUUUUGUGCCAAUACAAAGUACAGGUUCUGUUUUAUAACAUUUUGAGCCUCAAACAUUGUAAGACUUCAGGAGUAUUUACUGAGACAAAUGGUGCAGUUAUAAUGAGACUCGGGUGGAGACCAAAACCUUUGUUGUCAUGCAGCAAGUAUUCCCACAUCAGUACAAACGCAGUCACUGAUACAGGGUGCGGGCAUCAUCCAGCCAGAAUCUGUGUACGUUCAUUUCUGCAAACUGCACAGUUCAAUAAGCAAUCCACCCCAAUCCUUCACCAGUAUCAGUCUCUCCCACUAUGUGGCACUGCUGACGAUUCUCUAUCCAUUCGUACUGCAAGACUCAGUAAUCCCCAAUCCACCCCUGCAUUCCGUGUAUCUCAAAAUAUAUUGGGUCAGAACUAACUGUAAAAGUAGGCGAGGUGACUGCAACUGUUGUCAAUCACCAUUUUUUUAGAAAGGUAGUGUGGUGUACAGUCUGGUUCAUUCAUAUUUUGAGAUCUUCAAAAUGCCUGAUGCUAAACUUCAUACUUCAUUUCCUUCUCCUUUCACUCCCUUUUAAACAAUCUGGUCGUUUAGUCUCUUACAAUUUAAUCUUUGACCGAUUUUAACACCCCUUUUUAAUCGACCUUUGAUCUUGGCCCUUCCUGUGGUUAUUUUUCACCCGUUAAAUAUCUUCAAAGAUGUAAUAUUUCAGUUGCUCUGCGUUCCGUUGUGGCUCCAUCGUCAGUACACACUCUCAUCAUCUUAGUGUGAUGCUCGCUCUCUGAGCUCAGAAGCUAAGAAUGGUUAUCACUUGCAUGAGAGUUGCUGGGGGAAAAACAGGAAGCGAAACAAAAAUGCUUUUUCAGCGGCAGGUUCCAAGGUCAUCAACAUAACUGUAGAAGUUGUGAUUUUACAUUGCAGCGUAAUGGGUGACAACGGUCAAAGCUAUUAUCCCAGUUGGAUGAUCAGCCAUGAUCAUAUUGAAUGGCAGUGCAGGCUUGAAGGGCCGAAUGGCCUACUCCUGCACCUAUUUUCUAUGUUUCUAUCUUUUGUGUCCCAGGUUAGACCUUCAUCUUCCAGUGCUGUCUGUGGGGUAUUUGCAUCUGUUCUCUGUCACUCCCAGUACUCAGUCUCCUCCCAUAAACUAACAGUGUUUUGGUUGGUACCUCGUGUAGGAAGGAACUGCAGAUACCGGUUUAAACCGAAGAGAGACACAAAAUGUUGGAGUAACUCAUCGGGACAGGCAGCAUAUCUAGAGAGAAGGAAUGGGUGAUGUUUUGGGUCGAGACCUUUCCUCGGUCUGAAGAAGGGUCUCGAACCCAUCUCUUCUCUCCAGAGAUGCUGCCUGUCCUGCUGAGUUACUCCAACGUUUUGUGACUAUCUCUGGUUGGUACUUUAAUUGGUCACUGUAAAUUGAUGUCGUUUAGGUGAAUGGUAAUCGGGACGAGUGGUUGUGGGAGCAAUAAGUUUAAAAUGGGAUUAGUGCGAGAAUAAUGUGUUUGGUUAUUUGAUGGUACAGACAUGAUGGGCUGAUGACCUGUUGCCGUGUUGUAUGACUACCGCCUUCCUGAUCUCUACUCCCAGCCAGCUGUCUAUUGUGAGGCUGAAGUGAAGCCAACUCUCUCUCGAGCUGUGAUUUGCAAUAACCUCUGUGUCACAUCUUUUAUACACUAAAAUAUACCAAGUUGCUUCACAGGCGUGGAUAUACAACAACAUCAGGAUUCACAGGAGGUGAGGAUUGGAAGAUUGUCAAGCCAGGUAGAGGGGAUGAGGGGAACAAGACCAUGUUGGAAUUAGGAAAAAUGGGUGAGAAUUGCAAAAUUAAAGCAUUGUGAGGGCAGGAAGCACACAAGGCCUACAGUGACAAUGGACACACGCGGCCUACAGUGACAAGGGACAUACAAGGCCUACAGUGACAAGGGACACACACGGCCUACAGUGACAAGGGACACACAAGGCCUACAGUGACAAGGGACACACAAGGCCUACAGUGACAAGGGACACACAAGGCCUACAGUGACAAGGGACACACAAGGCCUACAGUGACAAGGGACACACAAGGCCUACAGUGACAAGGGACACACAAGGCCUACAGUGACAAGGGACACACAAGGCCUACAGUGACAAGGGACACACACGGCCUACAGUGACAAGGGACAUACAAGGCCUACAGUGACAAGGGACACACAAGGCCUACAGUGACAAGGGACACACAUGUUGAUGGUCAGUAGAAUUCCUCAUCUUUAUUAUUUUUUGUAAAGGCCUUUGGACUGAGGUUGACUUGCUCCACUGUGGUUUGUGAGUUCUGAAGUGGUUGACGAGGGCAGAGUCCACAGUUGGUGCAGGAGGAAACAAACAUAGAUUGGCAGGUACACAAAAAAGCUGGAGAAACUGAGCGGGUGCAGCAGCAUGUAUGGAGCGAAGGAAAUAGGCAACGUUUUGACCUUCUUCAGUCUGAAGAAGGGUUUCGGCCCGAAACGUUGCCUAUUUCCUUCGCUCCAUAGAUGCUGCUGCACCCGCUGAGUUUCUCCAGCUUUUUUGUGUACCUUCGAUUUUCCAGCAUCUGCAGUUCCUUCUUAAAUAGAUUGGCAGGUAAUGUUCUGCUUCUGCUGUUUACACGUGUGCUCCACAUCAACACGAGUCCAUUUAUGGGGUCCAUCCAUAGCACUGUGGUGGCACUAGUCGAGAUGUCAGGGGUUAUGGGGAGAAGACAGGAGCAUGAGGUUGAGAGGAAAAGAUAGAUCAGCCAUGAUUGAAGUGUAGACUUGAUGGGCCGAGUGGCCUAAUUCUGCUCCUAUCACAUGAAUUUAUGAAGUUGUGCGGGAGCUUCAAUGGAAUUUGUCUGUGUGUGAAGUUUGCAUGUUCUCCCUGUGACCAUGUGGGCUUCCACCAUUGUGGCGUAAUGAUCAUUCAAAAUGUAUCUUUCUCCAAUCAGAGUGAUCGUGGGCCAGAGAUUCUCAUGUCAAAUUUACAUCAUGUUGUAAAAAUAUUUACAAGAGGCUUUGAGAAUCUCCUUGAAUAUUCCACCCAUCUGGUUAUUUCUAUAUCCGCUUGGGCAGCCUGCACCCUAGUGGUAUAAACAUUAAAUUGUCCCAAUUCCGUUAGCCCUUGCUGUCUCCUCCCCUUCCUAGCUCUCCCUCAGCCCUCGGGUUCCUCCUCCUCCUUUUACCUUUCUUCUCCCCGCCCCCCCACACCCUCCAUCAGCCUGAAGAAGGGUUUCGGCCCGAAACGUUGCCAAUUUCCUUCGCUCCAUAGAUGCUGCUGCACCCGCUGGGUUUCUCCAGCACUUUUGUCUACCUGGUAAUUUCUAAUCUGAGCUCUGUCAAAGGAAGAGUCUUGUGUUGGGCAUGUCAAUGUUGUGACCUACCCAUUGGAACUCAAGAGUGCAGCAAGAUCCUAAAUACUGAGGAAUUUGGUCUGGGAAAGGAUGUGGAGAUUUGUUCAAACACAGGUAGGUUUGUGUUUGUAUAGUGCCUUGAAUAGCCUUCAGAAUCCCAGGAGGUUUUAUUGUACCUCAGGCAAAUUAGACAGCAUUGAAAUGGAGUUAGUGCUGUAAUGUGACAACACAAAUUACGUGAAACAGGGUCGCCAGCUUGCAUUCAACAAUGUCCCUUCAGCAGCAAUGAUAUAAACAAGCAGUCAACUUAUUUAAUUUGUUCAAGUCAGGAUAUCGUUCAAUAAGUGCUGUGAGAUCCUGGUUCCUCCUCAUUUGGAAGAUGGCACUUCCCACCACAACACCAGAUCAGAUUAAAGCUGGAAUACAGACUAAAUUAAGAGGAAAGACCCAUCUGAGCCAAAGCUGACCCAUUAGUUCUGGCGACAACACUUGAACAGAUUAAUGUAUGUGCUUGAUUGAAACCUGGUACAGAUGCUGUACAAUAAUUUUUCAUUAUUUAGUAGAUCAGGACGUUCAUUUAUUUUAAUGAGUGAUGUUACAAUGUGCUCUUGGAUUCUUCUCAAUUGUUGAUUUUAUGAUCAAUAUUUUUGUACAUUUUCAAUAAAAUAUAAUUGCCAACC